UGCACGCGCGAGGCUCGUGCGUGUGGUGUCAUGGCGUCCGGAGAGGAGGACGGGUCUGUCGAGGAGAAACAAACCAACAACAAGAAGCGGAUAAAAGGCACAAUCGCCACGGCAUGGCUCACCUUCUACAACAUCGCCAUGACAGCCGGGUGGCUUGUGUUGGCUGUUUCCAUGGUCCGCUUUUACCUUCAGAAAGGAACCCAUAAAGGCUUGUACAAACAUAUAGCAAGGACACUAAAAUGUUUCCAGACAUUUGCACUAUUGGAGAUCGGACACUGUGCUAUUGGAAUUGUGCGGACAUCUGUAAUUGUGACUGGGGUCCAAGUGUGCUCUCGGAUAUUCAUGGUCUGGUUUAUUGCAAACAGCAUCAGACAGAUUCAGAACGCGGAGAGCGUGAUCUUGUUCUUAGUGGUGUGGACGGUUACAGAGAUCACACGCUACUCUUUCUACACUUUCAACCUGAUCCACCAUCUGCCGUACUUCAUCAAGUGGGCCAGGUAUAACCUGUUUAUCGUCAUGUACCCCCUGGGAGUCGUUGGUGAACUGCUGACCAUACAAGCUGCCUUGCCGUAUGUUCGGAGAUCAGGCAUGUUCUCGCUCAGGCUUCCCAACAAAUACAACGUGUCCUUCGACUAUUACUACUUCCUGAUCAUCGUCAUGCUGUCCUACAUCCCACUGUUUCCUCAGCUCUUCUUCCACAUGCUGCGUCAGCGGAGGAGGGUUCUUCACGGAGAAGUCAUAGUAGAGAAAGAUGAGUAGAAGGAAUCCCCAGCUAGCCGUCAGAUAUUUGAGAAAAGUUUAUGAUAAAACAAUUAAAUAUGAAUCAAUUCUACUGCUAUUAGUUACGGUCGAUAUUCCCAGGAGAACCCGUCAUUAAGGUUCGCCUCUCUCCCAGUUGUGUUUCACCUCACAAGGACUGAAUCGCUUCAUUCGUCAACGGAGAUCUGACCCGAAGGACAAGGGAUGGAGAAUCCUCGAGCAUUGGAUCUGGCAUUAAUAGCGGUUAGCGGUUAGCAUUAGCGCUAGCUCUAAUCUCUCCUGUUCGGGACUGGGUUGUUGGGUGAACCGUUCCACACAUUCUCCAUCUCCACUUUGGGUUCUCAUCCAUGUUCUUGGACGGACAGAUUCGAGAUUAAAAUAACGAAUACUUCUUAUCUUCUUCCAUCUGGAGGUGGUGUUAUAGCAGACUUUAGUAGAAGAGCAAAACCUGUGGGACUGACAAAACAAUGUAUAAACUGUUUGUUUUUUUAAUCACUUGGCUACUUGAUUUCUCACAAUAGCAUUCACACGCAAUAGGUACUAAAACAAGCAUGUAAUUCAAAUAAACAUAAAUGUAUUAAUAUACGAAAGUAUCGUCAUUAUCUAGAUAUCAUCUUGAAGGUUAUCAAUGAUCUUCAGUCUGAGAACUGAUUCUUUAGUAUUAUUAGUUAUUUCUGAGAAUUGCUAUGUUGGGAUUGAGUUUUCCCGCUAUGAUUAUCUGUUGCUUCGGUGUUUACAGUAAUAAACUGGGAGAGUUUGUACAGCUCGCGUUCAUCUGCUGCUGAAACUUUAGCUCAUUUGGCUCUCAGACCUUCUGUGUUGUUGUUGUUGUUGUUGUUGUUUUUAUUUAUAAUUUGUUGUUUUUCUGUAAGAAACUUGAGUUCACAGCUCUUCUGAGGAGAUUGUCUCUACGGUGCUUCAUUGUCUUCCUCUCCUGUGCGGCUGAGGAGAGAGAGGACACGCUGUGACAUCAUUACAUAGAAUUGUGAAGAACAUUUUCAUGUGAUUUAAUUCAAUACCUGGUAAAUGUACGGAUUGAAUAAAGGUCUUUGAAGAAAGAAUGAAAGAAACAAUAAAAAGAACCAUGACUAUA